AUGGCCUCGACAACGGCGCGCGCCCGGGACGACGCCCGCGGACGCUACUCACACAUCAGCACAGACUCCUUCAGCGAUGAGUUCUACUACACAUCAAGGCGCGGCGGCCGGUGGGCGGCGCUCAGUACCAUCCCUUCGGGUGUGUACAAGAUGAGCGUGGUGAAGUUUGGGAGGAGAAGGGGGCCUGCGCUGCUGUGCUUCUGCUGCUUGGCUCUGCUGCUGUCGACGUUCGCGCUGCACCAGCGGCUCGUGUCGGACGACAAGGCGUGGCCGGUCCCAUGGGGAAAGUCGAAGUCGGUGGUGUUUGAUAGAGAGCAGCUGAGGAGGAUAUGGGACUGGGAGAUUCGGUCGGGGCACUACCCCAGCACGCGUCCGAUUCCGGUCGAGAUGGCUUUCACAGCACCGCCCAAGAACCCCGCGCUGCCUGCGAGCGUGAGUCUCAAGCCGCCUGCCUUCCGAGAGGGGAGCGUCGUGCAGUAUACUAUUGGCACAGGCGCAGAGCGUAUAUACCCCGAGGUGCGGAAUAGACCACCAGACCCUUGGCAUCCUCCGCGACCUAUACCCGGCAGUAUCGCAGACUUGGACAAGAUUCUAGAGCAGUGUGAUUUCAGUGCGGGCAAGUAUGUACGUGAUUGCCACGAGUUCCUACGACUGGGCGCCGGUUUGGAUGGCGCCGCCCGAUUACGACGAGAAGAGGUUGGGUCUCUGCGAUAUGUAUAUGUUAUUGACGGCGAAGGGGACCACAUAUCGGGGCGUAGCCUGGAGGCUGCCAACGACGCGAACUCGACCACACACAAAAUCCGUGACUCGGCUGAUUGGGAGCACGACCUCCCGCUCCCUCCCCUCUCACAACACAACCCCGGCCGCCAGGCGUCGUCAUGCAAAGAAGACGACCCGCGGAUAUUCCACAUGUUCUGGGCCGGACCUUUCACCGACAAGCCCUACAUGGCGAUGCUGGCCUUCCUCUUCACCCAGAACACAGGUCUCCACCUCGAGAGCAUCGCAUCCGACUCCUCCUUCUGCCGCCCGCAGCUCUGGCUGUGGGUGAGCCGUGGGCCUGCAGACGCCCUCCCGGACCCGCACGCGCGGGAGGACAUGAUGGAGGAGCUCCGGCAGAACGCGUGGUCAGCGCCGUUCCUCCACCCGCGGUUCAGGGACGUCAUCCAGUUCAGGCUGUGGAACACGACGGAGCAGCUGGACAGCAUACCCGAGCUCAAGGACGAAUGGCGCCAGCUGGGCAGCCGGUUCCUGUUCAGCGAGGGCAAGGCUCCGAAGGAAGAUGCAGCGAAGAAGGUCGGGUCGGAGGUGUCGCUGGACGGGACGUCGAAGGAGGACUUCAGGACGUACAACAAGAUGCCCGUCAUCUUGUCGGACCUCGUGCGCUUCGUGCUGUGCCAUCGCUUCGGCGGCGUGUACCUCGACGUCGACAUGCUCUUCCUCCGCGACUGGGAGGAGCUCUGGGGCUGGAGCGGCUCGUUCUCGUACCGGUGGUCGCACGAGGACCGGUACAAUACGGCCGUCCUCCGAUUGCGCAAGGGCUCCGCGCUGGGGACGUUCUUGCUGAGGACUGCUCUGCACAACGGGAUGGACUUCCACCCGACGACGGUGUCGCGGUAUCUCAAGGAGGCGCACAUGGAGAAGCUGCUCUACCGCGUGCCAGAUGCACUCUUUGACCCCGCAUGGCUCAACACGGAUAACCAAACGCCAUACCCCUGGAAGAAGAUCUACCUUCAACGCGAUCGCCCAGCGCAACCGUUCUUCACCGACUUUGACCAAUUCUUCAACACGCCGCCUGAAAUGGGUGCUACCCCGGCAGUGAUUGGCUUUGAUGGCUUCUUCCGUGGUGCAUUCUUGUAUCACUACCACAACGAAUGGUGGAAGCCGUUCGAUCGAGCUCGAUUCUGGCCCGAUCUCGGCCCGAGGUUUGCAGACGCGGAGCGCAUGGGCAAGGAGGCGAUCGCGAACAAGAGCGCGUCUUACGUCGAGGGCCUGGUCAAGAACGACAAGCGCGAUCUGGACUGGGCGACUGUGCUGAAGCGCACAUUCGAGGCGUACAUCCGGGGAGAGAGGCCGAACAUGUACGGAGAGUAUAUUCGGUGGUGA